CGCUGAGAGUGCGCUGUACACCUGCAGCCUGGUCAUGCCGUGCCUGGCGCUGCUGGCGGAGGUGGCGCCCCUGGCGCUUCGCGCGGGGGCGCCCACGGUCGCGGAGGCGGUGAUGGUCUCGGCGCACCGCGUGAGUUGCAGCCUUCUUGGGGAGCAGGCGGCCUCCGCGAACACGCUGCGGGACUCGGACAAGCUGCUGCAGUCCCUCGGCCCUGUGCUCCGCGAGGUGAAGGACCACCUGGAGCCCUCAGCGCUGCAGCUGCUCCAGUUGCUGCAGCCCUGCGCAGUGUCUGGGGCCUCCUACGUGGUGCGCGAGAGGCGUGCGGCUGGCGCAGCUGUCGCCAAGCCCACAGGGGGCUAUCCACUCUCGGAGACGGAGCGCUCCGAGGCCGAGGCCAGUGCGGGCACUCCGUCGCGCCGGCGGACCGGCACCGGCGCCGUGGAAGACGAGUACACCGUGCAGCAGUCGCUGGCGGCGCAAUGCCGCACCGCGGCGCUGCGCAAUUUCGCGCAGCUCUUCAGGCUCUUCCCAAAGGCGUUCUUCGGGCGGUGGCCGUUGGUGCUGGACUUUCAGUCUGGCGAGGCCUCGCGGGCCGGCGAGGACGGCGCUGCACCGCUGCCGAUCCUGCUGACGAUUUGCAGGGAGGACCCUUGGCAGAAGGUGCGCGGCGCCGCGCUCGGCGCGGUGUGCUCGCUGCUCGAGGCGCCGGCGGUCCGGACCUGGCCGGUGCCGCUCGAGCGGGGGGAGUCCAGCGAGGCCGUGUCGCCCAGGCGCGGCGGCGCGCGCGGCAGGGGCCGGGGGGCAUCCUCGUUCACGCCGCUGGCGGGGCAGAUGGCCACGACCCUGCGGCAGGCGCACGGAGUCGUCCUCGGGCUCCUGGGGGGCCGGGCCGCGGGGGACGCCCAGCUCGCUCUGCGGGCGUGUGCGGACCUGGUGGCGUGCACCCCGUACCCGAAGCUCCGCCCGGGGCUGCUGACGGAGAUGGUGCGCGGCGUGGUGCCCUUCCUCGAGGUUCUGUCCACGUCGGCCACGCCCGAGGGGGGCCAGCAGCCCCUGACCGCCGCCCUUGCGGCGCUGGGCGCAGCGCUGAAGCGCGAGGACUGCGCGACGGAGCUGCAGAGUUGCCUCUUCGAGGUGCCAGACAAGGUGCUGCCCCUGGCGCCCCUGCCGAAGCCGUCGCUCUCGGGCGCGGCCAGCUGGCGCUCGCAGCAGGGCGCCGCCUGCAGGGUCCCGCGCCCGCUGGCGGAGGAGCUCGCUGCCCAUGCCGUACGCCUUGUGCAGCUGGCGCAGCGGCGUCGGCGCGUUUCGGAGGCCGACGCACCCGUGGCGCUCGAGCUGGCAUCGCUUGCUGGCCGUGCGGCGCACUUCAGCCCAGAGGUAAUCCCCGUGACCGUGCAGGAGAAGCUGCAGGCGCUCGUGGAGAGCCUGCUUGCGCUCUCCUCUGGGCCGCUGCGCGCGAGGGCCUGCAAGCUGGUGGAGGAGCUGUUGGUUCUGCCCAAGGACGGAAUUCUUCAGCCAGGCGAGCGCGUCGCAGUUAAGCUGCCCAUGGAGUGGUGCGCCACUAUCGCCCACAGGAUGAUGGCACUCCCGGAGGACACCGCUCCCCACGUGCGAGCCGCAACGUUGACGGCACUGCCGCCCCUGCUGUGGGCCUCGGGCGCAGACGGCGCCGGCAAAGCCGCCGAUGCGAUUGCGGACCACGCGCUCGCGGCGGUGCGGCUCGGCGCGGGGGACGUGGGCGCCGCGGUGCGCACGACAGCGGCCCAGGCGUGCGGCUCGCUGGCCGGGUGGUGGCUCAUGCAGCCCGCUCGGCCGUGGGAGAGGAGCGCCGACGUCUUGGCGCUGCUGGUGAGGCUGCUCUCCGACCCAGCCGCGGACGUGAGGUCCGCUGCCGCGGCCGCGCUGGCCAACAUGGCGGUCGCUACCGUGCAGGGCGCGAUGGGCGCCCAUGAUGCCCUGGAGUCUGGCGGCACGGGCUCGUCCGGGUGCCCCGCCGCGAAUGCGGCCGAGGGCCAGUGGGUGGAGGCCAUCGAGGGUACGCUACUGCUCUGCCAGGACAGCUCGGACAAGGCGCGCUCCUCGGCUCUCCGUGCGCUGGGCUACAUUGCGGAGGCCGUGGACCUGCGCGGCGCGCGGCCGCUGCAGAAGCAGGACUCCCUGCUGAGCCGUCUGGCGGGCGGGCUCGCGGGCGCGGUCGGCGCACCUCCGCCGAAGUGCCAGUGGAACGCCUGCAGAUCCAUGGGCCAGGUGUACCAGUGCUCAAGCUUCCUAGGCGCCCUCGAGUCCUCGCCCUCGAGCCACGCGACCAUGCUGGAGGCACUGUGCAGGAGCGUUUCUUCCGCGACCAACCUGAAGGUCCGCAUCCAAGCCGCCCAGGCGCUGGCGAAUCUGCCGCCCGCCCCGCGCCUGUGGCCGCGGGGCGACGCGGACGCCGUGCUCACCUGCUUGUGCGAGGCGUUGGCCUCUCUUGACCGACCCGUCGGCGAGCAGCCCGUGGAGGAGCGGCAGCGCGCGCAGUACGCCUCGCAGCUGCGCGCAGAGCUGCUCGGCCUGGGCGAGCACUGGG